AUGAUAUUCUCCAUGAGAAUACGCUUGAAGCGGCCAAGAAUUUAUUUCUACUUUCUUACAGCGGUUGUAACGAUUGCACUCUAUGUUCAUUUCUUCUCCGUGACUCCUCCUUUAGAAAAAGAAGUGGCACUUGAAUUGGCGGAUUUUUACAAGCUGUCUAUAAAGAAAUAUGGACAAUUUAGAGUUCUUGAUGAAUUGUGUAUCGAAGAAGGUUGUUUUUUUGUCAGAGAUGCUCUUCUGAUGUCUUUGGUUGGGUUGCCAAUUGAGAGGCAGCUGUUGUUGACAAAUCCCAUGAGGAUUAAAGCAGCAGCAAUCCUUGAAAUACCCAAAGAAACAGUUCUCAGUCGCACGGACAGCCGAAAUUGGAAUAUGGUCACGAAGUAUAUUCCUAGAGGAAGUUUGGAGCAUGCAAUGAUUGAGGCUGCCUUAUUAAAUGGAGGCCUUCUUCUCAACACCAGAACAAAGACGGAUGUGUUGAUUGUCGGUAUUGGGAGUGGAGUAAUAGCUAACUACAUUCAGUACAAAUAUAGAUGGUCCAAAAUUACUAUGAUUGAGAAACACGAAACAAUGGCCAGAUUCCUUCUGAAGUGGUUCCAACUGCAUCCUAAUAAAAAUUUCAAGAUAACUGCAGGUGAUACGCUAGAUAUGAUUCGGAAGUUUGCACAAGAAGGUGCUAAAUACCAUGUGGUAUUUUUCAACAUCUGUAUGAUGUCUUUCCAUCGACUUCCUUGUCCGACCGUAAAGGAUCUUCCGGACGACAUAAUUCAGAGCAUCGCAAAAAUGGUUGAUCACACAGGAACAUUUGUAAUUAAUCUGAUGACAGAUGGUGUGGACGCAGAGUCAGCAUAUAAGAGACAAAAACACCGGCUAGAAAGGUAUUUUAAUGAAUGUCUUUUACUGAAGCCAGUAAGAGUGUAUAAUAAUGUACUCUCGUGCUCGCAAACGUUUCAUAACCUUACCAUACUUACCGAAGUUAGAAAAUUUUUGGAAGCCUGA